UUUGCAGGGAAGUAAAUCACCGAAAACUGUUUAUGAACUGGCAUCCCUUCUUCGAAAUGUAAAGCGAGGACCUCUUUAAGUGGCGCCCCCAACUACAGCCGCCGCCGCCGCCGCCGCCUCAAAAUUCAAUAAAAUGAGCUCUUAUUUCGUCAACUCACUGUUCUCCAAAUACAAAACCGGGGAGUCCCUGCGCCCCAAUUAUUAUGACUGCGGCUUCGCCCAGGACCUGGGCGGCCGACCCACCGUGGUGUACGGUCCCAGCAGCGGCGGCAGCUUCCAGCACCCGUCGCAAAUCCAGGAGUUCUACCACGGGCCGUCGUCGCUGUCCACCGCUCCCUACCAGCAGAACCCGUGCGCCGUGGCGUGCCACGGGGACCCGGGCAACUUCUACGGCUACGACCCGCUGCAGCGGCAGAGCCUGUUCGGGGCGCAGGAUCCAGACCUGGUGCAGUACACCGACUGCAAGCUCGCCGGAGCCAGCGGCCUGGGCGAGGAGGCCGAGGGUUCAGAGCAGAGCCCGUCGCCCACGCAGCUCUUCCCCUGGAUGCGCCCGCAAGCAGCCGCCGGACGCAGGCGAGGCCGACAGACCUACAGCCGCUACCAGACCCUGGAGCUGGAGAAGGAGUUCCUAUUUAAUCCCUAUCUGACUCGCAAGCGGCGGAUCGAGGUAUCGCAUGCGCUGGGACUGACAGAGAGACAGGUCAAAAUCUGGUUCCAGAACCGGAGGAUGAAGUGGAAAAAAGAGAACAACAAAGACAAGUUCCCCAGCAGCAAAUGCGAGCAGGAGGAGCUGGAGAAACAGAAGCUGGAGCGGGCCCCGGAGGCGGCGGACGAGGGCGACGCGCAGAAGGGAGAUAAGAAGUAGGCUCCAGCUGGGACUGCCAGGGCCGCGGCCGCCCUGCGUCCGUGGGUCCCCCGACCACGCCACGGCCGUCGCCCGCCCCCGCCGAGAGAGCUCUGGCCCCGCGAGCGGGGCCUGGAGCCCGGCCUCGCGCCGCAGCGUCCCCCGCCGCGCCAGUCCCCGCUAGUGGUAGUAUCUCGUAAUAGCUUCUGUGUGUGAGCUACCGUGGAUCUCCUUCCCUUCUCUUGGGGGCCGGGGGGGAAAGAAAAGGAUUUUAAGCAAGGACUCGCUCGCCCUGCGAGGGUGAGCGGCUGCGGCCUGGCUGAGCCCCCCACGCCCCCGCCCCGUGUAAAAAGCCUCCUUGUGCAAUGGUCUUUUUUCCUUUGAACGUGCUUCUUUGUAAUGACCGAGGUACCGAUUUCUGCUAAGUUCUCCCAACAACAUGAAACUGCCUAUUCACGCCGUAAUUCUUUCUGUCUCCCUCUCCUUCUCUCUUCUCUCUCUCUCUCUCCUCUCUCUCUCUCUCUCUUUCUCUCUCUCUCUCUCCGUCCUCAUUUCCCCCUCCCAACCCUUCUCUCCCUAGCUACCCUCCCUAGCUCGCUGGCUUUCUCUCUUGCUUCUCUCUUUUCCUCCCAACCCCCCCCCCCUUUGGUUUGGCAAUUUCGUCUUAAGUGUUUCUCAAAAGAGGUUACUUUAGUUAGCAUGCGCGCUGUGGGCAAUUGUUAAAAGUGUUCUUAGGUUUACUGUGAAGAGAAUGUAUCCUGUAUCCGUGAAUUGCUUUAUUGGGGGGUGGGAGGGCUAAUUAUAUAUUUUGUUGUUCCUCUAUACUUUGUUCUGUUGUCUGCGCCUGAAAAGGGCGGAAGAGUUACAAUAAAGUUUACAAGCGAGAACCCGA